UGCUGACACUUCCUCCUGGCACUGCUUGCCCGGGAGCUGGGUGGAGGCAGGGCAGGGCAGGGCAGUCCCAGGUUCUGCCAGGAAAGUCACCUUGGGCUGGGGCAGGAGGCUUGGAGCUUCUGGCCGUUACUGUUUGUCUGAGCAGGAGGGUGAGCACUGUGUACUGGUACCAUGGCCCCAGGUCUAGGCGAGGGAUGGAAAUAAGGACAGUGCCACUAGGGCCUCCUGUCUGUGCAGGAAGGGCCCUGAGACAGCUCCUCAAACCCCUUUCCCAUUAUACGGAUGGUGCAGAUGGGGACACUGAGGUACAGAGAGACAGUCAGUUGUCCUCAGAAUUGGAUCCAGAACCUCGUCUCCUGGCAUGGCCCCCCAGUGCAGCACCACAUGUGGCCUCCGAAUUCCCAGUCUGGGAUUGGGGAGCUCUGGUCCUUGGGGGACCACCAUGCUCUUUUGGAGUUGUCAACUUGGUAGGAACCCUCUGGUUGUGCCUUUGCGGCCCUCUCCUGGCAUCUGCUGUCCCUUUAGGAGGUCCUACCACCCUCUUCUUCUGAGCCUGGACAACUCCUUCCCUUGCCCCCAGGAGCCCACAGCCGGCUAAACCAACUGGUCAGCUAGAACCAACCAGCAGGGGAGGUGCGCUCCAGGGGGGCUUCUAAGAGGAGGCAGUUUUGGAGUCAAAGGUGAAGUGUGGGGCGUGGGAUUGGGUGAUAGGGAAGUUUCUCCAGCAAAGACACUGGGCAAGCCUCUUCCUUGGCCCCCAGAUAAGGGGCUGCAGGGUGGUCUCCGUGUAAGAAGGUGGGGCUCUGCCCUCUGUCAGGCCCUUCCUGGCCCUCCCAGCACAGGAGAGGCCCUGGCUCCACCUGUGUCUUGCUUCCCUGACUUCCUCCCACCUCUACAUUCUAGCCUGGGGCAGAAGUAGGGUGGAGGGGUGGGUCUAGCCUCCUUGAUGACACAGUUGGGGUUGGAGGUGGGGGCUACCCCUAUUCUGGGCCUGGUGCUGUCCCUGAAGUCAGGGGUCAGCCUCACACUGAGCUCUCUGCCAAAGCCCCAUAUCACAAGCAUGAGCUCCAGCAGGUCCGCUUGAGUGAACCCCGCUGAUCCUGCCUGCAGGGGUAUAGGCCUGGGGCCUGCCAGCCGUCCGCACUGUCUGCGGGGUGUUUUGGGUUGCAGGUUCCAUGUCCUGAAGCAGGAGAGCCCUCCCCAUGCCACCUCCUCUGCCCAGCCUCUUAGGGACAGUGCCUGGGAUACCCUGGCUGGAGUGAGGACUGGGGUGUGCUUUCAGCCCAUAGCUGGCCCUGGGCAUAAAGGCAUCUGCUGUGGUGCUGCAGCCAAGGCCAGGCUGUGCUCUGUGCUUGUGUCGGGGAGCCCUUGGCAGUGGCCACCCCACAGGUGGCUUUUUAUUCCCUCCUGCUGCUGAGUGUCACGCGUGGGGCUGAGGGCCUGCACGCCUUCCCGGCCUCAUCCUCUCCGACGAUUCACGCCCUCCUAAGGCUGGCAGGAUAGGAGCCAUGCUCCCCUGGGGUGGCUCUGGAACGUGGGCCCCGUGCACAGGCUAUGUAGUCUGCUCACACCCUUGCUGCCUGCCACCCGGGCACCCAGGACUUGAGCCCAGACCCUGGCCACCCUGUUGUCGUGGGAGUAUUAGGGGAAGAUGCCACUAAGGCUGGCAGGUCCUGGAGUUCCACCCAGGAUGGGCACAUGGGGGAGGGAAGAGGAGGUGCCCCUCAGAGCCUGAGGCCAGGACCAAGUGGGGUGAUCAGGACCCCUCCAGGCGGGUCCUGGGUGCGGAUGGCCAGUUGGGCGCAUGCUUAUUGGGCCUGCAUCCGUUGGCCACGGAGGCUCUUUGGGACAAGCAAAUAGAAUGCCCCAGAAAUAAACUUGGCCCAAGUUUGCGACGGUUCUGGGUAUGAAAGAAGUCAGUGUUUCCCAAGUGCCUGCUAUGUGCGAGGCUCUGUGCUGGGGCGGGUGCAUGUGUGCGUUGGGGGCGUGGACAGGAGGGGUGGGAAAGGCCUGUGACAUUUCCUCUGGUGGUUUCCACGAACCCAGGCGUCACCCCUCGUUGGAGAUAAAGUGGAGCCACCCAGCUCCACCUUGUCUCAGCCUGGGGUCGGCCUCUGCUGCUUCUGGACUCAGUGACCCUGGGCUGUCAGGGAGCUUCUGAGCCUUGGUUUUCCUGUCUAGUAAGAUGGAGAACGUGCUGGCCAAAGCCCUCUAUGACAAUGUGGCCGAGUCCCCGGAUGAGCUCUCCUUCCGCAAGGGCGACAUCAUGACGGUGCUGGAGCAGGACACGCAGGGCCUGGACGGCUGGUGGCUCUGCUCGCUGCAUGGGCGCCAGGGCAUCGUGCCUGGGAACCGCCUCAAGAUCUUGGUGGGCAUGUAUGAUAAGAAGCCAGCAGGGCCUGGCCCCGGCCCUCCUGCCACCCCGGCCCAGCCUCAGCCUGGCCUCCAUGCCCCAGCGCCUCCGGCCUCCCAGUACACGCCCAUGCUCCCCAACACCUACCAGCCCCAGCCAGACAGCGUCUACCUGGUGCCCACUCCCAGCAAGGCUCAGCAAGGCCUCUACCAAGUCCCGGGUCCCAGCCCUCAGUUCCAGUCGCCCCCAGCCAAGCAGACAUCCACCUUCUCGAAGCAGACACCCCAUCACCCGUUUCCCAGCCCGGCCACAGACCUGUACCAGGUGCCCCCAGGGCCUGGAGGCCCUGCCCAGGAUAUUUACCAGGUGCCACCUUCUGCCGGGAUGGGGCAUGACAUCUACCAGGUCCCCCCGUCCAUGGACACACGCAGCUGGGAAGGCACGAAGCCCCCGGCAAAGGUGGUGGUGCCCACCCGCGUGGGGCAGGGCUAUGUAUACGAGGCCGCCCAGCCGGAGCAGGACGAGUACGACAUCCCGCGACACCUGCUGGCCCCAGGGCCACAGGACAUCUAUGAUGUGCCCCCGGUUCGGGGGCUGCUUCCCAGCCAGUAUGGCCAGGAGGUGUAUGACACACCCCCCAUGGCUGUCAAGGGUCCCAAUGGCCGAGACCCGUUGCUGGAGGUGUAUGACGUGCCCCCCAGUGUGGAGAAGGGCCUGCCACCGUCCAACCACCACGCAGUGAGCAAAUGCCAGGGCAAUGCCAGGGCCAGGCUGAGGCUGUGGGGUGUCUGGGUCUACGACGUUCCUCCAUCGGUGAGCAAGGAUGUGCCCGAUGGCCCACUGCUGCGUGAGGAGACCUACGAUGUGCCCCCCGCCUUCGCCAAGACCAAGCCCUUUGACCCGGCCCGCACCCCACUGGUACUGGCUGCGCCCCCUCCAGACUCCCCGCCGGCCGAGGACGUGUAUGACGUGCCGCCCCCGGCUCCUGACCUCUACGACGUGCCCCCUGGCUUGCGGCGGCCUGGCCCGGGCACCCUGUACGAUGUGCCCCGUGAACGGGUGCUUCCUCCUGAGGUGGCUGAUGGUGGCGUGGUCGACAGUGGUGUGUAUGCGGUGCCUCCCCCAGCUGAACGUGAAGCCCCGGCAGAGGGCAAGCGCCUGUCGGCCUCCAGCACCGGCAGCACACGCAGCAGCCAGUCUGCGUCCUCCUUGGAGGUGGCAGGGCCGGGCCGGGAACCCCUGGAGCUGGAAGUUGCUGUGGAGGCCCUGGCACGGCUGCAGCAGGGUGUGAGCGCCACCGUUGCCCACCUUCUGGACCUGGCAGGCAGCGCCGGUGGGACUGGGAGCUGGCGUAGCCCCUCUGAGCCACAGGAGCCGCUGGUGCAGGACCUGCAGGCUGCUGUGGCCGCCGUCCAGAGUGCCGUCCACGAGCUGUUGGAGUUUGCCCGCAGCGCGGUGGGCAAUGCUGCCCACACAUCUGACCGUGCCCUGCAUGCCAAGCUUAGCCGGCAGCUGCAGAAGAUGGAGGACGUGCACCAGACGCUGGUGGCACAUGGUCAGGCCCUCGACGCUGGCCGGGGAGGCUCUGGAGCCACCCUUGAGGACCUGGACCGGCUGGUGGCCUGCUCGCGGGCUGUGCCCGAGGACGCCAAGCAGCUGGCCUCCUUCCUGCAUGGCAAUGCCUCACUGCUCUUCAGACGGACCAAGGCCCCUGCCCCGGGGCCUGAGGGGGGUGGCACCCUGCACCCCAACCCCACUGACAAGACCAGCAGCAUCCAGUCACGACCCCUGCCCUCACCCCCUAAGUUCACCUCCCAGGACUCGCCAGAUGGGCAGUACGAGAACAGCGAGGGGGGCUGGAUGGAGGACUAUGACUACGUCCACCUACAGGGGAAGGAGGAGUUUGAGAAGACCCAGAAGGAGCUGCUGGAAAAGGGCAGCAUCACGCGGCAGGGCAAGAGCCAGCUGGAGUUGCAGCAGCUGAAGCAGUUUGAACGACUGGAACAGGAGGUGUCACGGCCCAUAGACCACGACCUGGCCAACUGGACGCCAGCCCAACCCCUGGCCCCGGGGCGAACAGGCGGCCUGGGGCCCUCGGACCGGCAGCUGCUGCUCUUCUACCUGGAGCAGUGUGAGGCCAACCUGACCACACUGACCAACGCCGUGGACGCCUUCUUUACCGCCGUGGCCACCAACCAGCCGCCCAAGAUCUUUGUGGCGCACAGCAAGUUCGUCAUCCUCAGCGCCCACAAGCUGGUGUUCAUCGGGGACACACUGUCACGGCAGGCCAAGGCUGCUGACGUGCGCAGCCAGGUGACCCAUUACAGCAACCUGCUGUGCGACCUCCUGCGCGGCAUCGUGGCCACCACCAAGGCCGCUGCCUUGCAGUACCCAUCGCCUUCCGCGGCCCAGGACAUGGUGGAGAGGGUCAAGGAGCUGGGCCACAGCACCCAGCAGUUCCGCCGCGUCCUAGGCCAGCUGGCAGCCGCCUGAGGGUGGUGACCCCAGGAGGGAGGCAGGGGAGGGGUGCGGUGGUCCCAGCUCCCUGGCUCCCAUGUCAAGAGUCGCUGUGCCACAGGCUUAGGGACAGGACCCCAGCUCUGCGUCGGUCCUGGUGCCCUGGAUGCCCAGGGAUCUGUAUAUAUUUAUGGCCGGGCAGGGUGUGGGGCCAUGCCUCCUCAGGAGCCGAAGCCCAGGGGCCGGCCAGUGGCCUUCCCCAGCAUGCACCACGGGCCCGGGUUGGGUCACCAGACAGGGGGCUGGAGUGUGAGGGUCCUGCAGCCUGCAGGACCUCGUGCCGCCCCGAGGGCUGAGCCUGGCCCCACGAGGGUGCCGUGUCCCCUGACAGGGCCAGUGCAGUUUGGUGUGUCCUCCGCCUUACCAGGAGAAGAACCUGAAGAACUAUUUUUCGUUAUUGGUUUUCCAAUCAUUUGACUAAGAGUCUCCAUUUAAAUAAAGUUUUUAAAAGGAAGAGCAGCUGCCUGAGGGUGGCAGAUGAGAGCAGCCCGGGGUGGGUGACGGUUCUGGGGAAGGCACCCGGGGGCAAGGGCCAUGCGUGGCAUCUCCCGGGAGGGCAGAGGAGGAGUGGAUCUCUCUAGAAGAAAACCAAGGAACGCCGAGGCUGGGUGUCUCCUGGAGGCGGGGUGAGGCCUGCAGCUGGCCACAAGGCCCUGGGAGCCAGGGCAGAGCCUGGGCCCAAGAAAAGGGGCAGUUUCAGAGCUGCAGGGUCUGGGGCCCAGAAAGCACAGCCUGGGCAUGGCCCCUUCAACCCUAGGGAGCUGCCACAGUGAGCACCUGCCCAUGCCCACAGCUGGCAUCUGGAGUGAGGGCAGAUUGGGGCAGGAACAGCUGCACAAGGGGACGGGUUCCUGUGAGCCGAGGGCACCGCUGGGGGCUGCAUCCAGAGCUCUGCUUAAAAGAAUCUCAUCCCAGCCUGCGGAACUCCCGAAGUGCACAUGGAAUUAUACAUGGACCUGGCCUCUGAGUUGGGAGGGAGGGGCUUGGAGAAGACCCUUGCCCUGGGCAAGUGUGUCCCCGCCGUGGCUCCCCCACCCAGCAGCCCGCAGCCCAGAUGGAAGCUUCAGGGUGCUUGGAACCCCUGGUGCUGCUCCCAGCCCUGACCGUUCUGCAUAUGAACAUGGGCCUUGGUUUCCCCAUCUGUAUGAAGAAGGGAGUAGGGCUGGGUGAUCCGCAAGCCCUCCUGAUCUUACCUCUACAGAGGUUGUCCCCGUGACAGCAUCUGUCCCCCCAGCUCAGCCACAUCAUGCUCAGCCCACCCGCCUUGGUGAGGACACAGAAGUAAAGGUGUAUGCAGUUGCUCUCAA